AUGGCAUCCACCAGACGCGAGCGGCUUCUAGCUUCGUUAGCCAGCCGACCGACCUUGGCGGCGACAUCUUCCGAUUUUGCUCUCAACGUGAGCAACUCGAAUGCGAGCACGUCUACAGAUGCAACGUCCCCGCUCAUGCUUCGUUUCCGGCGUCCCUCCUUGUUGAGCACAAAGACUGGAUACACUGCUGAACCGCUGAUUCAAAGCCCCUUGGCUUCUGCAUACAACCCACCAACUAGGGAGCCCAGCCUUCGCUCGGAUUAUGAAAGUGACAAGGAUGCGCCUAUGUGCACGGAUAGUCCUUCAGGAAGCAGCUCUGAGAAUGCCACGCCCCCGCUCGGUCCUCCCAUAGACGUGGACUCCAUCGCCGACGGCCCUUCUCGUCUAAAGUCAAAGAGACCUCGCAGCCCAUCUACUCCGCCUCGAUUAUCUGCUGCAGAUGGCUCUGCCCAGCAUGCCCGACAUCACCUCCGCCGGUUAUCGCACCCACUCAAAGCACCUCGUUUAUUGAGUGUACUUCAAGAGUCCCGUCCAGAGGAGAGCGAAUAUAAGAUGGAGGCAGCGUUCCAUAGGUUGGCCACCUCUUUAUCCGACGUGCCGUCUCCCGCACGUACGCUCAGACCUCCUUCGGAUCGCGGGAGGUACCCGGAAGAAGCCGUGGCGGAUGAGCCCCAGCGAGACGAUACCCCAAGCGACGACGGCGUGGACGACAACGACAGCCGUUACCCCGGCGGGGAGCCGAUCUCCAUUUCAAAGCCGGUCACCCCUGCCCACAGUGUGAAUGGCGACGAGCAAUACUUUGGAAUAUCUGAAAGUCCAAGCGCAGGCAGCGUCAUGGACAUCGAUGUCUAUGGCUCUCCAUCUUUAUCAGCCGCACAAGCUACUCAGUGGCGCUAUACGCCACCUCCGACUGCCAAUGGUCCCGUCCGUUCCAAUAAACGCAAAUUUACCGAUGCCGAUCGCUUCGAACCGUACCCGACCGCUAAACGGCGAGCAGUCUCACCUUCGUUAUCGUCAUUGCGAGAUCCGCACUCGGCCUAUCACAACCCACGUACUCCGGGAUCGUCGCGAGGACCCAUUCCGAUUUCAAUCCCAACUGGAAACAUCAACUCGGGAUUGGCAUCCCCGACCAUGAGCCAAGCUGCCUUGUCUUUCUCUGUCAUUAGUGGUUCAAGACCGGUGAGCGUUGCUUCCAGCCCAACGGUUCGCAACAUGAUGUUAGCGAGCCCGGUCCUGAGACCGUCGUCUCGGUACAGCAGACGUGGGGAGGAGGACGAGCGUUCCGUAGAUGGCGCGGGAGAAGGUGUUAGUGGCUUGAACAUCGCAUAA